AAAAUUAUUAAUCUAUCUCGUGUUUCCUGGUUAUAUUUGUGAGUAAUGUAAUUACGUUUCAAUUUCAAAACCAGAUUUCCGUGUUAAUGCGUGUAACUAUCGUGAUCUAACUAGAAAAUUAAAGUGGAUCCAUGUAAGGUUAAUAUCACGUAACAGUUUAAAAUGGAGAAGCCUGACAAGCCAGUGGCCAGCGGGGUGCAGCCGAUCGUGAAGAUCGGGCACUACACCCUGGGCGCCACGCUCGGGGUCGGCACCUUCGGGAAAGUGAAGAUCGGCGAACACCAGCUCACCAAGCAUAAGGUGGCCGUGAAGAUUCUGAACCGACAGAAGAUCAAGUCGCUCGAUGUUGUCGGAAAAAUCCGUCGUGAGAUACAAAAUCUUAAGUUGUUCCGGCAUCCGCAUAUUAUUAAAUUGUAUCAGGUGAUCUCUACUCCGACGGACAUCUUUAUGAUAAUGGAGUAUGUGUCGGGCGGGGAGUUGUUUGACUACAUAGUAAAACGCGGCAAGCUGCAGGAGCAUGAAGCUCGCAGGUUCUUCCAACAGAUAAUCUCUGGUGUGGACUACUGCCACAGACACAUGAUCGUGCACCGGGACCUCAAGCCAGAGAACCUGCUGCUUGACCACAACAUGCACGUCAAGAUUGCGGACUUCGGUCUGUCUAAUAUGAUGAUGGAUGGAGAGUUUUUGAGGACUUCCUGUGGCUCACCAAACUAUGCUGCUCCUGAGGUGAUAUCUGGCAAGCUUUACGCCGGCCCGGAAGUCGACGUGUGGUCCUGCGGCGUCAUCCUCUACGCCCUCCUCUGCGGCACCCUGCCCUUCGACGACGAGCACGUCCCAACGCUCUUCCGGAAGAUCAAGUCCGGGAUCUUCCCCAUCCCGGAGUACCUGAACAAGAGUGUGGUCAGCCUGCUGUGCACCAUGCUGCAGGUGGACCCUAUGAAGAGGGCCAGCAUCGAGGACGUGAAGAAACACGAGUGGUUCCAGAAGGAUCUGCCCGGGUAUCUGUUCCCGUCGCCGGUUGAACAGGACAGCAGCGUAAUCGACACAGAAGCUAUAAGCGAAGUGUGUGACAAGUUCGGCGUGAAAGAGCACGAAGUGCACAACGCGCUGUUAAGUGGUGACCCCCACGACCAGCUCGCCAUCGCCUACCACCUCGUCAUAGACAACAAGAGGAUUGCUGACGAGGCUGCCAAAGCUGAGAUCAAGGACUUCUAUGUUGCCAGCAACUCGCCGCCAGCCGCGGUGACGGAGAGCGGCCGACCGCACCCGGAGAGGAUCGCUCCGCUGCGGGACAAGACCUCGCCGGUGCAGCCGCAGCAGGACAAGGCCCGCGGCACGCCCGUCAAGAGAGCUAAAUGGCACUUGGGCAUCCGUUCUCAGAGCAAGCCCAACGAUAUCAUGCUCGAGGUGUUCCGCGCCAUGAAGGCGCUCGACUACGAGUGGAAGGUCAUCAACCCCUACCACGUCAGGGUCCGCACACUAAACAAAAUGACAACCAAACACGUCAAGAUGUCGCUCCAGCUCUACCAAGUGGACUACAAGUCUUACCUCCUCGACUUCAAAUCCCUCUCCGGCGAGAAGGAGGAUUCCGAGGAGGACUUGGCUUCCCCCAUGGCGCCCCCACCUCCGAUGGCGCCGCCUUCUGCGAGCCUCCAGAAUCUGCAGCCGCAGGGACACCACACUAUGGAGUUCUUUGAGAUGUGUGCGGCGCUUAUUAUUCAGCUAGCUAGAUAGUUUCGGCAAAGAGAAUAGAGUGACGGAUUGUCAAAGUAAAUUAUGUAGCCACUGUAAAUUUACUGCCAUCUUUCGACAGAAUAAAACUGUUAGUACGCCAUUUGACUUUGAUCCUUAUUCUUUCACUGAUAUGUGUUAACUUAUUAAAUAUUAAUAUUAUCGCCAUCUACUCGACUAUAGGCCAAAGGUAUGGUGCAAUCUUUUCGAGCGAUCCCAUAACCUUCAGCUAGGGAAUGCAAAUCGGUUAUUUUCGGUUAUUUUUUGUAUGGAAAUGAUCGGUUAUUAACCGAAACCGCGGUUAUUUCCAUACAAAAAAUAACCGAUUUGCAUUCCCUACCUUCAGCCUACUCAAAUGGCGUUCUAACAGUUUUAAUCAUCUGUCGAAAGAUGGCAAUAAAUGUACUGUAGCUACAUAAUUUACCAUGACAGUAACUCUCUAUUUCAAAUUCUCUUUGGUUUCGGUUAUGACCUAUUCUUUGUUGGACAAACAGUUUUUUUCAACUUCAUACACUUCACCUGUCAAACAGCUACAAAUAAUAACUUAGGGUGGUAUUCCACCUGUCCAAUUUCUAUUACCAAUAUCAGUGCGUCUCACUUUCUCAUUAAAGCAAAAUGUGAGACGCAAUACACAUUGGACAAAGAAAUUGGAUAGGUGGAAUACCAACCAUAGUUGCAGUUAUGACGAAUCUUCUUAAUAUAGAAUAAAAUUAUAUUUUAAUCGUGCAUUGCUUUUUGGAUCAUAGUGUGGAUUAUCAUAGCUAGCAAGAUAAUAGCCUAGUCUGGACCCAAUGUUCCAAAUUUGGAACAUCUCACGAAAUAAAUUAUGUAUUAUGGCAACAGCAAA